AUGACGUCGAUCGACUUCCGGCCGCCGUAUUCCCAAGACGAGCUCAACAAGCUCUACCCGAAAGACCUCGAGCUGCGACUCGUGCAAGUCCUGCUCCGCCAUGGAGAGAGAGCUCCCGUCUCAGCACGAUUUGGCAAUGCAGGCUUACCAGCAUACUGGCCCUACUGCAAUGCGGCGCAACGACUGCGCUCGGUCGCCAUGACGCCGGAAGAUAUGUCGGAGUGGAACUCACUGCAAUGGAGGAGACGGCUGGAGAUGUUUGGCGAGGAUGAUGGCCCUGUCAUUGCAGCUGGACCGAAGGGCCAAGUUGAUGGCGUUUGCCAACUCGGCGAACUGACAGACCAGGGCCGUCAAACCACGUACACACUCGGCUCGCGCCUGCGUCACCUCUACAUCGAGCAACUGCGCUUUAUGCCCUCUCUGAUCGCUAACGCCGACCUCAUCUACCUACGUGCUACACCACUCCCUCGCGCGCUCGAAUCCGUUCAGCAGACCUUCUGGGGCAUGUAUCCGCUCAGCUCGCGCACCGCGGCAUUCCCCUCCCCGACCAUCGUCACCCGCACGCCCGCGGACGAGACUUUGUUCCCCAACGACGGCAAUUGCCGACGCUUCGCACAGUUGAGCAGGGCCUUUGCGCAAAGAACCGCCGAUCGCUGGAACGACACCUCCGACAUGGCAUAUCUGACCAAGUUGAUCGGGAAAUGGAUGCCCGAGACGAGCGACAAGCGCGUCGCGGUCGACAGCCACCCGCGCCUGAGCGGCAUCAUGGACACAAUCAACAGCACACUGGCGCAUGGGCCCGAGACGCGCCUGCCGAAAGAAUUCUACGACCCCAAAGCCCGGGAGAUCAUCGACCGGAUCGGCGUCGAGGAGUGGUUCAGCGGCUACAACGAGAACAGGGAAUACCGCAUGUUAGGCAUAGGGAGCCUGAUAGGCGACAUCGUGGAGCGCAUGACUUCCAAGAUCGAGGGCGCUGGUCUCUCCAUCAACGAGAUUGGAGGCGAGAACGGUCGACUGGGCCGAGGAAGGGGUGGAGAAACGGGGAUCCGAUUUGCGUUGAGCGGCUGCCACGACACCACGCUCGCAGGGGUGUUGACCGGGCUGGGUGCGUUCAACGGCGAAAAAUGGCCUCCCUAUACCAGCCACAUUGCGUUUGAGUUAUUCAGGGUGAAAGGACCCCAGAACCAGGACCGGCAAUCAACCCCUGACGCCGACUUCUUGAGUCCGACCACACCCGCGAGCACGGAACCCAAGACCGAAGCCGCGGCUGCACCAUCAUCGGCGCAAAAGCCAGGCCUCUUCGCCUCCUUCUUGGGGCUCAGGUCGCCGUUCGGGUCGGGAUCCGGGUCGCAAGGCGACGACACGCCCUCAAACGGAACGUUCACAUCGUCGCGCGACCUGUCGUCCAAGUCCACCGCCACCUCGCGGUCCGAUCCACUGAGCACGCCCUCGCUGACCAGAGAGUCCAGCCUGUCCCCGUCAAUUUCGCCCGCGGACCUCAUUGCGCGAAAACCCUACUCCUCCCUGUCUGAAGACCAGAAACAGCGGCUACAAGGCUACUACGUCCGCGUCCGCUACAACGACAAAGUGAUGAAGAUACCGGCAUGCGCCAAACCAGGAAAUCAUUACGCGGACGACGAAAGUCUAUGCACAUUCGAGGCGUUCAAGCGCGUGGCCGACGGGUUUGUGCCCAAGAAUUGGAAAGUCCAAUGUGGGCAGAAUUUAGAUGACGGCGCGGGGGGAAAGAGCCCACUGCUCAAGGGCCCGGGUUUGGAUCAGCCGCCCCAACUGGCUGGGCAGAUAGAGGAGGGGUCGUAG